CCCCUCCGCUCCGCCCCAGCCGGGUCGAACGCGGCGCGGGGGCGCUCGGAAUCCCGCCCGCACGGGCGCGCACAGCCACGCGCACACACACUCGUAUACACACACGGGCGCACACACGCGCGCGCGCGCACACACACAGAGGCGCACACACGGAAGUGCACCCCGAGCUGGCUCGAAGCCUACCGCCGCCGAGGCCGCCCCGGCGCAGUGUGCAACAUGGCGCUGGUGCCCUGCCAGGUGCUGCGCGCCGCUAUCCUCCUGUCCUAUUGCUCCAUCCUGUGCAAUUACAAGGCCAUUGACAUGCCCGCGCAUCAGACCUAUGGAGGCAGCUGGAAAUUUCUGACCUUCAUAGACCUGGUUAUCCAGGCUGUGUUCUUCGGUAUCUGUGUCUUGACUGACCUGUCCAGCCUUCUCACCAAAGGAAAUGAUAGUCAAGAGCAAGAAAGACAGCUAAAAAAACUCAUUUCUCUCCGUGACUGGGUGAUGGCUGUUCUAGCUUUUCCUGUUGGGGUGUUUGUUGUGACGAUGUUUUGGAGCAUCUAUAUCUAUGACAGGGAACUGGUUUACCCAAAGCUGCUUGAUAAUUUCAUACCAGCAUGGCUAAAUCAUGGAAUGCACACGACAGUCUUGCCCUUUGUAUUAAUCGAGAUGAGAACAACACAUCAUCAGUAUCCCAGCAGGAGCUGUGGCCUGACUGCAGUGUGCACCUUCGCUGUUGGCUAUAUUUUAUGGGUGUGCUGGAUUCACCACGUUACAGGAGUGUGGGUGUACCCGCUUCUUGAGCACCUCAGCCCAGGUGCCAAAAUAAUCUUUUUUGCAGCUGCUACUGUAGUAAUGAACGUGUUCUACUUGGUGGGAGAGGUCCUGAACAACUACAUCUGGGACACCCCAAAAUGUAUUGAAGAAGGAAAAGAAAAGCCAAAAUCAGACUGAACAGUAGAGGCAACAUGGAAGAUUGCUUAUGGCUUCAUGAAAGAUUCCUCAUCCCCAACAGAGGCUGGCAUGAAGAGGAAUCUUUUGGAAAGGAGGAAGUUUAAGGGGCUCUCUGCUCAGUGCAAAGAUAUUUCUGGGUUUUAUAGAGAGGGAAAAUUAUUUUAGCUAACAAUAAUGUUUCAACCUCCAUUCCUAUGUCUCCAUGCUUGCAUGUGACAUACACAUACAAAAUGAGUGUUUAUCUCCAUGGCAUUUUCAAUGUGCAUUUCUUCCAUCAAGUAAGUCAUUAAAUCAUUAAAUCUUCACUUGCACCAAGAACAAUGAGUCCACUCUCCAGAUUGUUUGAGAAAAGCUUAACCAGAUAGGACUAACAUGGGGAAACAAAACAAUCCUAUAUCCUUCAAAGUGCGGUGUAAAAAUACAGUAGAAGUAAAUUGCAUGAAUGUACCUAAGGAAGAAUUCAGUCCGACUGAAAUACUGAUGUGACACUAUGUAACAGCUGCCUUAAAUUGUAGAUGUUAAUCAUUUUAUCAGUCCAGCAAAAUCUUACUUGCAGUGUUAAACUAUUGGAAUAUGAUGGAUCUUUUCUUAAAAAGGCCUAAAUAAAGAUCAAAUUAUCCCUACAUUCCUGUUUCUUCAUGCCAAUUCUUCAAAUUCUAGAUGUACUGAUGGCAUUUGAAUGAUAUAUUUUCAGGUUUUCCACUGUCAGCUGUGCAUGAUUUCACGUGAGGAUUUUUCUUACUUUCCUCAUUCAAGAUCUGAUCCUGCAUCUUCCAGUUGUAAGUUCUCAAUAGAUGUGCUAUGCCAUUAGUGUUGUACAGCAUUUAAGCCUUACUUCGGGAAGGCACCUAAGCAAAUGCUUAAACAUAUGCCUGUUUCUAUCAGGAAUUCGGUUGCAAAAUACUAGCAAUCAUUUAAACUGGACAAGAUUCUGUUUAAUUAUCAGACAAUCAGGAAUCA